CCGCGCCUGCGCGGGGGCUAUGAAACUAGUAUCUAUAAUGACCUAGCAGUCGUCGUUCCUCGCUUUCAUCGCAACUUCUCUCAAUGGACGAAAAGAAAGACAACCGCGAGGAAUCCAAUUCCAAGGUUGUAGCAACCCCGGAAAUAGCGUUGGGUGAUUCAGAGAUAUUAGGAACGCCCAAAAACCAGCAAAAGGACAAGAAGCGGCGGAAGAAGCAAAAGAAGGUUGAUCAAGACACCUUAUUGAAGUCUAAAAAGCUGCAGAAACACAAGUUGCGUAGGAAGAAGCAGAAGAAGGUUGUGACAACCACAGAGCCUUCAGAGAUAGAUUCUGAUGAUCCUAAGAAGCUCAAGAAGCCGUCGCUCUUCUCUUUACAUCUAGACUUGUCAAUGGGCAAAAAGAUGAAGAGACGCCACGAAUCCGGUGUUGAAAUAACCCCGGAGAUAAGUUUGGGUGAUUCAGAAAUCUUAGUAACGCCAAAGAAUCAGCAGAAGGCCAAGAAGCGGAAGAAGCAAAACAAGAUUGAAUCCAAGAAGAACCUAAAGAAGGUUGAGAUAAUCCAAGAGCCAGAAUCGAACAAGAACCUAAAGAAGAUAAUAGAUGGAUUAAGUGAUCGUCUAAACGAGAUGACUGAAAUUGUCCAAAAACUAAAGGAGACUUCAGAUCUACUUGAGAAGGAGAAAGAAACUCCAAAGAAAAAGGUGGUUGAGUGCUGUUUCGAAUCUGAAGAUGCGUUUCGUAACCACCAGAAAACCGUUUUCGUUGAGGGAUUCAGGUGUUCCCCUCCUAGGGGUGAUAUCAAGAGCGCAUUGAUAAAACACUUCAGUCCUUGUGGAGAGGUAUCAACGGUUUUAUUCCCUUUCAUUGCCAAACCGGUGUUCCCAUGGGAUUUGCCUUCAUCAAUAUGAUAAAAGAUUACGAUAGGCUUUAACACUCGAUGGAAGUUACUUGGAUGGACUGAGGCUUACGGUCAAGAUGGCUAUAAAGAGAGAGGAAUACUAUGUUUUUACUAACCACAACGGUUGUG